UCAAAACAAACAAGAUGGCGACUUUCAAGAGUAGGAACCAAGGCAAAGACUCAUCGUCUAAAAAGCUCUUGGAAGUCAUAAACACGUUGUUAAGCAGUGAUAAUGUGGAAAGACGAGUUAUUGAAAGGGAAAGGCUGCAGCAUGAACUGUCAGGAUAUGAUGACAAGCUAAACAGACAAGUUGAAGCACACCAAGAGCAUUUGAAGUCAAGCAUUCAAACAUUUACUGGAAUUUCCACCAGAAUUGCAGCAUCUCUUCAGAAAGUGAAGUCUCUAAGAGAAAAUUUGCUGGCAUGCAAGUCAUUACUACACUGCAAAAGAGAAGAGUUGAAGAAAUAUUGGAUGGAUGGCUUGGAGUACAAUGAAGUCCUCAAUCUCUUGGACAGAAUAGAUCAAGUUAAGAACGUUCCUGAACAGAUUGAGAAAUACAAGAAAAAGAAGUAUUACCUGCAUGCUACAGAGCUUCUUGUGUCCACAGUCUCUCUGCUUGAGGGAAGUUUGUCUGGAGUGGAGGCCUUGAGACAUCUUAGACUUGAUUUACAGUCAAGAAAGAAGGUGGAGCAUGAAUUGCUGAUAAAAGACUUGAACACUCAUCUGUAUCUGAAAUCAGAGAAGAGCAGACAGAAGAGAACAAAACUAGUGGCAUAUAUGACUGACAAUGCUUCUGUAGGAGCUAAAGAGUCGUCAUCCACUAUUGGUUCUGGAGGAAUCUUCAAGAAGUCCCACUCUCGUACUGCCUCAAGAUCUCUUUUGAUGGAUCCAUCAGCUUCACAUGACUCACAUUCAUCAACUGAGAUCACAGAAGACCUGAAUACUGACCCAGAGUCAGACAGUGAUCACUUCAUGAAUGUUCUAAUUGAAUCUCUAUCUCUGCUUGGAAAGAUUCCUGAAGCACUUGAGGCAAUCAAGAAGAGAAUGAAGAUAGAGAUGUCUUUGAUCAUUCACAGGGCUACCACUCUUGUUACUAAAAGGUUCCAGAAUCAGCCUCACUAUCUGCUGGAGCUCUUAGAAGUGGUGUUUGACCUGUUCAGGGGUGUGGCCCAUGCUCAUGAGACAGUUCUUUCAGCCAUUCAUAGAGUUAUUGUAAGGAGAAGAGAAGGCAUCAUGACGCCAUUGUACCGUUUUGAGGGCUCUUCAUCUGCCAUCAGUAUGAACACGUACAUAAGAGAAAGACGACAGGAGUGUAUGGCUGGAACAGCGAAUGAGGAGGACGAUGACACAUAUGGUGAACCACUUCACAACACCAAGCCACAGCUGUUAUGUAAACCAAACCCAAGGAACAUUACAGUUGUGUUCUGUCCCUUGAUGUCCUUUGUCAGUGAAAUAGAAGCGGCCAUCAAAACGCAGGGAGAGAUGAGAUGCACCCUGUAUGGUUUUAUCACAGACUACGUCAAAGAUAUUUUUAUCGAGGAAAUUCUGUUUGAUAUUCGUGAAAAGCUGAGGGAGGUGACCCUGGAUACAGACACCUUUAGAAGAACUACUGAUGCCAAUAUAAUGAAGCUUCUUGGAGCAAGUAGACCCCUUCUGCAGAGCACUGCCACAGUAGAACAACUGAUACAGGAUCUCAAGAAUCUAAUGCACAGCUUACCCAACUACUCAUCGCAAUUCCUGGAAAUGGUGUGCAAAAUGCUUACCAUUUUUAAGGAUAGCUGUUAUGAGACAUACAAAGUUCUGCUGAAGUACAGUGGAGAGGGCGAUAAGCCCACGCGUGUUUUCAGUGCCAACUGGACCAAAGAUGAAGACAUCAGUCGCUGCCUGAGGUCUCUACCCAACUGGCCUGGCAUUCAGCACCACCAUUCACAUCGACAUAGAAAGGAAGACGAAGAACAAGAUGUAGAGGCGGUGAGAAAACGAAAUCAGAAGGAGACUGACAUACUGACUGAUAAUCUGGCUAAACAUCUUCUAAAUGACUCUGAAGUUCUAUUUCAAACACGUGACCACAGGACUUUGGCAAACCUGCAGGAGAGUAUGGAGUGGUUAGCCGGUCACAUACGUGGUUUUACCACAAGCCUGACAGCCCAGUCCACAGCUAUAAGCCUUGUCACGUCUGAGUCACAAGAGAGAAUCAAGCCGAGAGAGGUUAACUCUGGCUAUGGAUUCACCUACGUGUACGGUAGAAAUUGGUCAAACUACGUGUGCAAUUCUAACGCCAUGGACCCCGACUCCAAUGUGAAUAAUCUAAACAAGAGUCUGUCAUCAUUUGAGGAGAUAGCGACGGCCUGCAUGGGGCACUACAAGUUCAGAUACCUGUUUGAAGGAGUAGGGUUCCUCGUAUCGUCCAUUCUCAUUUCAAACAUUUCAGAGAUAAAGAGGAUCAAUCAAAACGGCAUCAAGAAAAUGUGUCGUAACAUUUUUGCUAUCCAGCAAAACUUGACAAAUAUAACAAUGUCUCGAGAGGGAGACCUGGACCGGGCCCGACAGUACUACGAACUGCUGUACUCUAACCCGGAAGAAAUACUGUCGUCCAUUGAUGAGCAAGGAGCCAAGUUCUCCCAAAGAGAAUACGCUGACCUAUUGUCAUUGCAGGCACGAAGUCAGACCAUCAGAGAUAACAGCGCUCAUGAAGACAGACUGAAAAGGCUUAAUAAAAUAUUACACAAGUAGUCAAUAACUAAGAUAUUCAUCAAAUGGUCAAUAACUAGUAAAAUACUCAGCAAAUAGUCAAUAACUGAGACAUUCGAAACAGUCCAUAACUAAGAUAUUCAACAAAUAGUCAAUAAUUGAGACAUUCAACAAAUGAUCAAAUUGUACUUCCUAAAUUUCUCAGCAGAUGAGUCAGUACGGUUUUGAGUUCCGGCAAAUAAGUAGCAUCGAAAGUCUCCACGCAGUUAUUCUGACAUGAUCAACGUUUAAUUUCUCUUUUGCCGUUUACUUGGGUUUAGUAUAGCAGGUGCAGAGAAAAUAGUACGCGUGUCAUUUGCUUCUGAUUAUUUUACCAUGGAGAGGUUUAAGAUUUAUUGCCACGGAGAGGUUUAAGAUUUAUUGUCAGUUUUAAUCUAGCGCUCUUGUCAUUUGGCAGGUAUCUUAAAUUUUGAUCAUUUUUCAGUUGUCGCCAAGAAUGUAUAGGUCGGGAAAAAAAAUUCUGUUAAAAGGUUCCCGCAAUUAUAAAUUAAGGGGGCGCUUGAUUUUUAUCUCUAAAAAGAGAUUAUUCCACCAGUGUCAGGCAACAAUGAUUCCUUCAGUACAAGACAUCUCUCUCUGCUAUGAAUCGACUGAUAGGUUUUCUUUGAUCUGCUAAUGAAAUAAAAGUUGUUUGUAAAGAGGACACUAUAAGUCAAACAAAUACAUGUAGAUUCAACUGUGGACGGUUGUGAUGGGAUUGAACAAUAAAAAGUUACAAAAACGACAUGUAUAUAGGGUUAUACUUCAAAACAAAUUACGAACCGAGUUAUGUAAUGUGUUUGCGUUCAUAAUGUCAACAUAUAAAGACUAUAAAGAAAUUUUGAACAGUGAUCUUUGCACCGAGAGGGUUUUUGCGGCUAGUAUUACAGAGAUUGUUUUGUUUUGUUUUUUUUGUUUCGAAUAGAAUAGUGAAGACAAAAGCAUAAAAGUUAAGUAAAAGAUUAACGAAAAGAUAAAACAAGAGUUUUUUUAUGCUUUCAGCUAACCGCAGUGAGGUUAUUUUUUUAUCAGUCAUAUAAUAAAUUUGGAAACCAGCAGGACCUUAUAAUGUUAAGUUUGCCGUUAACGAUUUACGUAUCUAUAAAUCUCUGCCUACAAGUUGUGUAGCUUUCAAAAACAUUUCAAUGUUCAACUGAAAUAAAGCUAGUGUACCUUG